GCUGAAGGCACGGAGCGAUGAGCUGAAUCCCGCGCGGCCCGGCUUCUGGAAUCUUCCCGGCCUUGACAAAUCGGGCUGAAUGUGGUCGGGAAUUGAACCAAUGCCCCACCUUCCCAACCAUUGGCCCCGCGGCCGGGAGGCUGCAGCGGGCUGACUUAAAGUGAGGUGACGCCUGAAGCUGCGCCGAACGCCGGCAACCGCGAGGUUCAGCCAUCGCCGGGACAAACAAAGAGUGGGAAGCGUUUGCGGCAAGAUAAUAACCUUCCGUUUACACUGAUCCAGUGUGGAAAUAACGUCCGCCGGCCCAUCUUCUCCAAACGCGUCAACAAGUGAACUUCUAGCACAGGGCCACGUACCUGCGCGCCUCCCCCCUUGAAGUCGACGGAGCAAGACAAACAAACCAUGUCGUGACUUUCUCCAAUUCAAAUAUGGCGAAAUCAUUACAGCUCAAGGAAGAGGGCAACCGCCACUUCCAGGCGGGCGAGUACCCGAUGGCCGAUGCCAUCUACUCAAAAGCUCUCAUCGUAGACCCGAGCAACCCCACGCUCUACACGAACCGCGCCAAUACCCGGCUGCGGAUGUCGCAGUGGGACAAUGCCAUCGCCGACUGCAACGAGUGCCUCAAACUAUCACCCGACAACAUGAAGGCGCACUACUACCUCUCACAGGCCCACCUCGCCCUGCACGCGUACGACGACGCGCUGGAGCACGGCCUCCGGGCGCACAGCCUGUGCGUGAAGACGCUGGACAAGGGCCUGGGCACCGUCACGACACACGUGCUCAAGUGCAAGAAGGAACGGUGGGACGACAUGGAGAAGCGGAGGAUACGGGAGACGUCGGACCUGGAGAUGGAGGUGGUGGAGUUGUUGGAGCGGGAGCGGGAUCAGGCGCUCCGCGAAGCUGAGGCGGCGGAUCUGGACGAGGGGAGCCGGAAGGAAAUCCGGGACGAGUGGGAGCGCAAGAUCGAGAGGAUGCGGGACGUAUUUGAGAAGGCGAGGCCGAAGGAGGAGAAACGGAGGCAGGUUCCGGACUGGGCCAUUGACGACAUCAGCUUCUGCGUCAUGGUCGAUCCUGUUAUUACGAAAACCGGCAAAUCCUAUGAGCGCGCCUCCAUCGUCGAGCAUUUGCGCCGCCAGCCCCAGGAUCCGCUUACUAGAGAACCGCUGUAUAUCGCCGAGCUCAGGCCGAACCUCGACCUCAAACAGGCCUGCGACGAGUUCCUGGAGGAGAAUGGUUGGGCCGCGGAUUGGUGAACGGCCGGUCCGGAGGUGGCCAUCUCAGCAGUUUGACGGAAAACACUGCACAUUGGCGGCUGGCAUCAGGUUCCAUGCAUGGCGCGGCGUUAUCGGCUUCGGCGGGGUUCACUUCUCUUCUCUCUUCAGACAACGGUUUCUAAGCCUAUGAUUUUAUGAAUUUGGAAGGCAGCGAAUGAGCAGAUCUAGCGACCCUCAUAAAUACACCACUUCAUGCUUUCAAGCUCCAACCGCCU